AUGAAGAACUUAGUUGUGGAGUAUGACGAUAAACUUACAAUAAAGAACUACUCCACAAGUUUCAACCUAAUUGAUUCAGAUGAUAAACCAGAUUACAGAAAUGUGACUUACAAAUCUCCUACGGAACACCUCAACUGUCCUAUAUGUCAACAGCCUUUUAUUAAUCCAUUUACAACCAUCUGUGGCCAUACUUUUUGUAAAGAAUGUAUUUUGGAAUGUUUCAAGAUGUCUAAAGAGAACAUAAGGCAAACUCAUGAAAGUGAAUCACAUAGUUUGAAGGGAUGCUGUCCCUUGGAUAGAACACCUUUGGACUCGACUAAUAUAAACGAUCUAUUUCCUACGCCUUUGAUUAUAUCGAAUCUAAUUGACGACUUGCGAGUGAUAUGUUUGAAUUACGAAAGAGGUUGUGAAUGGACUGGUUGUCGUUGGGAGAUUGAACGUCACGUCGUUAGUGAAUGUGGAUUCACAGGGGUUCGCUGUGGUGGUAUUCGAAAUAAUGCUGUGACUACAAACGAAACAACAGAUGAUACCGGGCUUGAAGAAAAAGAAGAUUCUUGUAGCAUGGUCGUUGAAAGAAGAUUUUUGGCUUCACAAGAUGAUAAGAGCAUAGAAGAAAAGAUGAAUAAUGAAUGUAUCCAUAAGCUAUACCAAUGUCAGUUUUGCAGUGCAAAAGUAACUAAAAUCAGUGAAAAAGAUCAUCUAAGCCAACAGUGCUUAUUCAAUUACCAAACUUGUGACUUAUGUUCGAAUGAUAUGAUUCUACAAAAAAAUAUGGAUAAACACAAAGAAAAUUGCUUGAAAACGGGUAAGAUAACUUGUCCAGCAGAAAGCAUAGGAUGUCAAUGGGUUGGAAAUAACGAUACAGCUUUGGAAAUACAUUUACAAAGUAAUAAGUGUCAAUUGUAUCAAAUUUUACCCCACUGGAAUGAAAUGAAUGAAAAAAUCAACAGCUUAACGACGGAAACGUCUUUUCUACAGAAACAGAUUAAUAAAAUAUUGGACUCCACUAUUCAAGGGAAAAUCACAAAUUUAGGUUACAGUGAGCCUAUAGAAGAAAUCAAUAGGUUUACUACUGAUUGGAAUGAUGAUAUAAGGUCAUCUUCUUUGAAUGAUAAAUAUCUACAUAUCAAUUACGAGUUGGAACGAUUGAAGAAUGAAUUAGAUGAAAGAGUAGUUCCUUUCAUAGAUAGGGAGAAUUCCUCCCUGAAUGAUCGUCAAAAUAUAUUGAAUGGUCUUGUUAAUGAUAAUUUUAUGAUGAAAGAUGAAUUAAAUUUACAAAGAGUCUUAAUUAAUAGUUUAAGAAAACAAGUUCAAUUUCUAUUAUUCAAAAAUAAGAAUGGUUUCGGCUUCAUAAAUUCACCUGGUGGUGGGUUUGCUAGUGGCACUAUGAAUACUGAAAUUGGGUUAGCAACGGGGGCUUUAGAUGAUCCCUCUGAAAUAGUCGAUAUUCCUUCUCGAAGUAACUCCGAGGAAAGAUUAAACCUUAAACUAUAA